CUCCUUGUGACAUUAAGGUGCCUCCUGCAGACCAGACAGCAGCACCGUGGCUGAAAUGUCUUCCUUCAUCGAUAACUUCAGUUCCAUUUAUUAUGAGCUCAACUACACGAACCUGUAUAACUUCACGGAGUUUGACCCGGACCCGGCCACGCAGCCCUGUGAAGUCUUCACCUUUCCGGAUGGCGUGAUGGUGGCUGUCUGCUUCUUUUACCUCCUCGUCUUCUUAUUGGCUAUUCCUGGGAACCUAGUGGUCAGUUUGGUGAUCGGCGUGAGCUACCAGUCACUGACCCCUUCUGACCUUUACCUCUUCCACCUGACGAUUGCGGAUCUUCUGCUUGCCAUCACCCUUCCCUUUUGGGCCACCUCCGUAACAAAGGGAUGGGUGUUUGGAGAUGCCAUGUGCAAAGCUGUCUCCAUCCUUCAGGAGCUGAGCUUCUACUCCAGCAUUCUCUUCCUGACUUGCAUCAGCAUGGAUCGCUACAUGGCGAUCGUGUGGGCAAUGGAGGCCCGGAAGGCCAACCGACAGCUGGUCAGCUACGGAGUUUGUGUCGUUGUCUGGGUUGUUGGAGGCAUUCUGUCUCUGCCGGGGUUCUUCAACUCUGCGUUCAAAUCCACAAACAACAGUAACUUGGUGUGUGCUGAACAGUACGACUUGGGCAGCGCUGAGGAGUGGAGGCUGGCCACCAGAGUUCUCAGUCACACUCUGGGGUUCCUCGUCCCGUUGGCCAUCAUGCUUCCGUGUUACGGCAUCACCAUGCAGCGCCUGCUGCACAUCCGUGGAGGCUUCCAGCGCCGACGAGCGAUGAGAGUGAUCGUCUGCGUGGUUGUUGCCUUCCUGCUUUGCUGGACGCCGUACCACAUCGCCGUGUUGACAGACACCUUCUUCAGGGCAAAGAUCGUCCCGUACCGAUGCCAGGAGAGGAUGGCGGUGGAUCAGACCAUGUUUGUCACUCAGAGUCUGGGGCUGCUUCACAGCUGUGUGAACCCCGUACUCUAUGCACUCGUUGGACAGAAGUUCAGGAGGAAGUUAGCGCAGAAAUUACGAAAGAUGGGUGUUCUGGAGAAAACGUCUGUUUCAAGGAGCAGCCGGUCGUCAGUGUCGUCAGAAAUCACCUCCACGAUCAUGUGAAAUGACUUUUAUACGUGCAAUCACACCAUUCUAGUUCGUGUCUGAUUUCAAACGCUGGACACCAGAAAUAAAUCAAAUCAGCAGGCAUCAUCAGAACCGUCUGAAAAUGUCUGAAACCUUGUAAAUAUUUUAUCCUGUUUUUUUUUCUAGUUUUCCUUUGUUUGUCUUGACUUUGGUUUCAUUAUAAAACAGGGAAAAGACUGAAGAUAAUCUGUGUGUGUGUGUGUGUGUGUGUUCUGGUAUUUACUACAUACUGAGGACCAUCAUGAGGUUUAACAAACAGAGUGAGGACAUUUUUGUCGUCCUCACAUCUUUUAAAAGUGUACCCACCGGUUUUAAAAGGUAUGGUGUGAAAGAAGUUAGGGUCAGGGUGUGGGUUAGGCAUAAUACAGUCACAAAAAUGAAUGGAAGUCAAUGGAGGGUCCUCACUAUGAUAGAAAGACAGACGUGUGUGUGUAUGUGUGUGUGUGUGCGCGCACACGUUGUUUGUCAUUUUUUGUAGUUUUGUAGAAAAUGGAAAAAAAGCUUUUAGGAUAAGCGUGAAAAGAGAAAACAGCCUAGAGUCUAGACGAACUGUCUGAGCUAUGAGGAAAGUUUUACUUCCAACACACCGCAUGGUUAAAUGUUUCUGUUUCUGUAUUUAGCAGACACUGCUGUCCAAAACAACUUACAGGUGAAAUAUCUGACACACACACACACACACACACACACACACACACACACACACACACACACACACACACACACACACACACGCACACACACACACACGUGCGCGCGUGUGACUAAAUGUCAAUUUUCAGAAUCUGAUCAAAAUGUUAAAACCUCGCUUACAUGCAGCGCAUAAUAAAGUAAAACUGGUUUAUUUCUAUUUUUUAUGAUCAUUAGUUUUGAAAACGUUCAGACUUGUUGCCGAUUAAACAUUUUCAUCUCCUCUGUGCAGCUGACAUCAUCAUUAAACUAUAAAUGUU